GCUAGAGAUGAGUCACCAGCAUUAAUUUAGUUUUUUUUUUUUUUAACCUUCUUUGGGAGGUACAGACUCUUUGGAGAAUCAGAGGAAAAACACCUAUCCAUUAUCACCAUUGAGAAAUCUAUAUUUGCACAAUCAUCUAAAAUGAGAAGAUUGUUCUGAGGUUCACAGGUGCCCUAGCACUCUUGCACUGUCCCCCCACUUCCACCCCUCUGUCUCUGCUGUAUUCUUUGGUACAACAGGUGGGGGUGAUAGUGUUCAACUCUGCAGCAAGAUGAUCAUAAGAGUCCCUAAGAACUGGACCGACCCUUUGCAGGUGAGUUGGCUGGUCCAUCCAUGAUCUUCGGAGGAAGUCAGUACCCUUCUCCAGGUGCUUCCAGAAGGAAGGGGAGAUUUGCACCUAUGACAUCCCUGGAGAGUUCCCUGCUACUGGCCUGUCCCUGGUGGUAAGGGCAGCCGGCCUGGUUCCUGUGUGUGGGACCCCCGAGGCCCCCUCCUAUGCACUCCAGCACCCCCAUCAGCUCCCUCUUCUCCUUUACCAGCCCUGCAGUAAAGAGGCUGCUGGGCUGGAAGCAGGGAGAUGAAGAGGAGAAGUGGGCAGAGAAGGCCGUUGACUCUUUAGUGAAGAAAUUAAAGAAGAAGAAAGGAGCCAUGGAUGAGCUGGAGAGGGCUCUCAGUUGCCCGGGACAGCCCAGCAAAUGUGUCACGAUCCCCAGGUCUCUGGAUGGGCGCCUGCAGGUGUCCCACCGCAAAGGUCUGCCUCACGUGAUUUACUGCCGAGUGUGGCGGUGGCCUGAUCUCCAGUCCCACCACGAGCUGAAGCCACUGGAGUGUUGCGAGUUUCCCUUCGGCUCCAAGCAGAAGGAAGUGUGCAUCAACCCUUACCACUACCGCCGGGUGGAGACGCCAGUGUUGCCCCCCGUGCUUGUGCCAAGACACAGCGAAUAUAACCCCCAGCUCAGCCUCCUGGCCAAGUUCCGCAGCGCCUCCCUGCACAGCGAGCCGCUCAUGCCUCACAACGCAACCUACCCUGAGUCCUUCCAGCAGCCUCCGUGUCCUGCACUGCCUCCCUCACCCAGCCAUGUGUUUUCACAGUCCCCGUGCUCCGCCGGCUACCCUCACUCCCCAGAAAGUUCUUCUGAGACAGACAGUCCGUAUCAACACGCAGACUUCCGGCCGGUCUGUUAUGAGGAGCCCCAGCACUGGUGCUCAGUCGCCUACUACGAACUGAACAACCGUGUUGGGGAGACGUUCCAGGCUUCCUCCCGAAGCGUGCUCAUCGAUGGCUUCACUGACCCUUCCAAUAACAGGAGCAGGUUCUGUCUUGGACUUCUUUCAAAUGUGAACAGAAACUCAACCAUAGAAAAUACCAGGCGACACAUAGGAAAGGGUGUGCACUUGUACUACGUUGGAGGAGAGGUGUAUGCCGAGUGCGUGAGUGACAGCAGCAUCUUUGUGCAGAGCCGGAAUUGCAACUAUCAGCAUGGCUUCCACCCAGCCACGGUGUGCAAGAUCCCCAGUGGGUGCAGCCUCAAAGUCUUCAACAACCAGCUUUUCGCGCAACUGCUCGCCCAGUCCGUUCAUCACGGCUUUGAAGUCGUUUAUGAGUUAACUAAGAUGUGCACCAUCAGGAUGAGUUUUGUUAAGGGUUGGGGAGCAGAGUAUCACCGCCAGGAUGUCACGAGCACCCCCUGCUGGAUCGAGAUUCAUCUUCAUGGCCCACUGCAGUGGCUGGACAAGGUUCUCACUCAGAUGGGCUCUCCGCAUAAUCCCAUUUCUUCCGUGUCCUAAUGGUCCUGUCCAAAGCUACAUUUCCAUAGAGUAGAUGCUAUUGCAGGCAGUGGCUUAUCUCAUUUCAGAUUUGCGGCCUAAGUGACUAUUGCUAAAGACAAAUGGAAAGAUAUAUAAUGUAUAUUGUUCCUUUUUUUUUUUAAAUCACUAUUUGUUUUGUGCUACCUAGUUAGCCUGGGACUAGUACAAUGGGAUUGGAAAACUAGGGUUUCUGGGCCUGUCCAUUAAGAGACAGCAGCUGCUUUCGUGGGAGAAGCACAGGAAAGGCAAUGGUGUUAACAUGGCGUGAACAGUGUGGGUGGGGUCCAAGGUGGUUUUAGGAGCAUGUUGUAUGGACUUGUGGAAACACCAGAACUGCUCACAUAGCAUAGCAGAACAUCUCUACCGGUAACUCUAGAGCAAAUCCACUUCCAGCCAGAUAAAGCCAUCAAACCCAUGUGGUUGAAACCAUCUCACUUUUAGUGCUACUGGCAAGCAAAGAAUCAAGCUUAGAGAGUGAACAAUGAGAUAAUAAGCCACAGACGAUUGUAUCUUAUUCCUGAAGUUAACUUUGUUUCUGUGCAGAUAUCAACGGUACAUUUUUAACAGAUUUAAAACUGUGAUUGGAAAAGAAAGAAACUGUGAAGCUAAGAGUCAUGUGACUUCAAUCUACCACUGGGGGCGGGCAAUGAGUCUAAUAGAGGAAAACCAAUAGGAACAAUAGCAUACUAGGAAUUGUUUUCUCAAAUGAUACGGUAAGAGCAUCCAGAGCAAGAACACCCAGGCAGGCUCUUGCUUUCCCCACUGGAAAUCAGGUUUGGGUUCUCUGGUUAUUCAGGCCAGACCAUUCUGUAGGCUGUGGAGUCUGCGCUGGGCUAUGACAUCAUGCCAGUCCCGUGAAGACAAGAAGCAGGGGCCAUGUUAUGCUAGACACUGGUCACACAGUUGGUCACACCACCUCACACUCCUGCAGCCAAGCAUCCAGGUGGAGGCACCUUUGCUAUGCUUUCCUGCCUGCUGACAACUAUGGACAGUUUACAGAUUGCUGAAACAAUACAAAAGUCUUUGAGAAAGCUUACACACAUUAGAUGUAUGAGUUACUGCCAGAUGUCCGUGGCUCACACCUGUAACCCUAGCUGUACUCAGACAGGAUCUCGAUUUGAAGCCAGCUCAGGCAGGCAAAUCUGUGAAACUCUAAUCUCCAG